AUGUUAAAGGUUGUGCAUGUGUUUUUAUGCUUAAAUUUAAGUGGAACCUUAAUUUCAGGACAAGAAGAAAUAGGUGAGCCAUGCGAAGUCGAGGAGGCUGAUAACAUUCCUGGCACCUGCAAAUAUACGUGCGAGUAUGUAGACCGAUUGAUUAACGAAGAGAAGAGGAAACCUACUUAUUGCUACUUGGACAAUACCAUCCGUAUUUACUGCUGUCCCAAUGAGCCUCAUCACACGGGAGUUCUUGCUAGAGCUUUCAUUGAUUCACAGAAGGGCAAAAUCACGUCGAAGGACAUUGAAUGCCGAUAUGACGGUAACUUUCCUAUGAUAUGCUGCAAGCGCGAACCUAUAAAUAACCCCAUCAGGGUCGAGGGGCGUUUCUCAGCCAACUGUCCAGACAAGAGCACGCAAGCAGCGUGCGCAGCAUGUUAUGCGAAUGCACAACCACCACCCGAGGAGUCAACGAUUUGCCCCCAGCACACUGUCUUAAAAAUAGCAGGAGGGGGACCCGCAGAUAUCACAGAGUUCCCACAUAUGGCAAUCCUGGGAUGCAGGAAUAGAAAAAAGACAAAUCCAAACGAUCAGGACAUUGUUUGGAUAGGCGCCGGUUCGCUGAUAAGUCCAACCUUCGUUCUGACAGCAGCCCACGUCCUCUACGAGAACACUUAUGGCAAAAUCGAAUUCGCUUUGCUAGGAGCUACUAAUAAGACUGACAUAAGAUCGGGAAUCUUCCGUUACAUCGUGCGAACGAUACAGCACAAGUUGUACGUUUCAGGUUCGCACCCCAAUGACAUUGCCUUGGUGGAGCUCGAUUAUGAAGUCAUUUUCUCGAAGUUCACCAGGCCUGCUUGCCUUCCGGUUACGGGAGUCGCCCCUGAUGAGUUACCGAAUUCGAUGAUUAUAGCCGGCUGGGGAAGAAUUGGCCAGAAUGCGAACACUUCGAUGACACUGAAGCAGGGUGCAAUGAAUGUUCUAGAAGCUAGCGAGUGCAGGAAGUAUUUUAAGCCGAACAGUUUCACGUGGGACCCAAAAACGAUGCUCUGUGGCAGUUCCCCUACAGCCGACACAUGUAGCGGCGACAGUGGCGGUCCGUUAAUGGUUCCUUUGACCAUGACGUCUAAACAUUGUGGACAUUUUCUCGCUGGUAUAGUCUCCUGGGGUCCGGUAUGCGGGCUAAACAAAGUCGGUAGCUACACGAGAGUCUCCAACCCUGAGUAUCUCAAGUGGAUAAUCAGUACAGUGUGGCCUGAACCUAAAAGAGCGCAACCUUAA